AUGAGCCCACUAGCCAGCGAGGAUGUUCUCGCCGAGUACGGCACUCAGGCAAAGGAGAGUAUCUGCUUCGACGGCUCAAAGCGCGACAUACUUGUAUGGCUGGGCGACUUCGUUCACACUGCACGAAUACUUAGUGUUAUCACCUCACGAGCGAAUCAUGCUCAGGGUACAUUACAGUUCUUGUUAGAUUCACAGAUUGCUGGCGGCGAAUUGAGCAUCUCUCCCAGCAUCGGCUACAAUAUGAAACUCACGCCGGAUGCACCUGCACCCUCUGACUCCUAUUAUCUACGAGACUACAAGCUUCUUGGCUCGAUCUCCUUCCAUGACUACAUGCAGUGGAGCUAUCGACUGGAUUAUUGGGAAUAUCAAUGCAACCAUUGGCCUAAUAUCUUUCAAUCGCGGGACAUCUAUCGGCCCCGUAGAUGGAGGUCGGCUGUAGCAUGUGCAGCCUUGCAAGCGCUUGCUGGCGCAGCCGAUGUACCCAUCGUGCUAGGUGAUACGCAUUCGGCUGCCCGCUACCGGGGGAGUUCCUCCCUAGAUGACCCUGAUAACUUCUCGGUCAGCGGUGUUGCCUUCUGCAUCAGCUCUGGAGUUGCAUCUUCUGAUCGCAUGGCACACACCUUAGCUACAUUGUCACGGUUGCGUCUUGGGCCGGGCUACGAAGAUUCCUCCGACGCCUCUGCUUCAGAUCCCACCGUGAAUAUUCUCCCGAACGCCAAUGAACUUCUCCUGUGA